ACUAAAAAAAAAAAAUCACCUAAAUCACGCUCCAAUACACAUUCCGCAACGCAAAAAAUGUUAGCGCUCCAGCAACUCACAACCAUGACCGCAGCUUGCUUGCUCUGCUCCAUUCUCUUCGCCGUUUGGCCAAAAGUGAUACUUUGUCGACCCUCGCAAGAUUAUUCCACCGACGGCACCGAGCUGGUCGUCGUUAAGGAAAUUGUGCGCUGCACUCGCCAGGGACUCCACGAACUGUGCCAGAACGCCACAACAACGAAUGAAGAUGAAGAGCAGCGCACCGCGCUUAAUGCGGAUAAUGAGUCAGUGAUGGAUGUUGUGGAUGAUUUGAUUUUGUUAGAGAAGAAACCAAAGUCAACGCAACAACCACAACCACAACCACAGCAGCAACAACAACAACAACAACAACUGCACCAACAUCAACGCAAACAAACACAUCCCUACGGUACUUAUCAACAACAAAGUGAAUUGAUGACAUCUGCCGCCGCGCGGGAGGACACAUUAGUUUCUGCC